AUGACCUGUCUGUGCCAGCCCCCACCAAUGGGGCACCAGAUCCAGAACAAGGCAUUACCUCCUGGUCCCAUACACAUUCAGCCCACCCUGCCCACUCCUCACAUGGUCAAGACCGGAGCUCCCCAGGUUCUAGAGAAGCCCUAUGACUGUGCCCGGUUCACAGAUGAGGAAGCCCAGGCCACAGGACACCCUCCUUUAUCCCUUAUCCCAACACACGGACUCCACCAGCUGGGCACCAUCCAGGCCCCUCAACCCUGGGAGGUGUGGGGGCUGCGGGAGUCAGGCAAGACGCUGGUGCCAGCAGGUGGGUUGGUUUACAUCUCAGCUGCCCACCAUGGCCUGGAGCUGCCCAGCACUGCUGACCUGGAGCGCUUCUGCCAGAAGCUAAACCGGCUGAAGCCAGUGGAGGAACCCACCAUGGAGAGGCCGUUGUGGCGCCACCUGACCACGCUGGACCUGACUCUGCUUGGUGUGGGUGGCAUGGUGGGCUUGGGCCUCUACGUGCUCACAGGUUUUGUGGCCAAGAAGCUGGCUGGCCCAGCAGUGCUCAUAUCCUUUGGCAUGGCUGCCAUGGCCUCCCUGCUAGCAGGCCUAUGUUAUGCAGAGUUUGGGGCACGUGUGCCCCACACAGGCUCUGCCUACCUGUUCACCUGCAUGUUCAUGGCUGAGCUGUGGGCCUUCCUCGUUGGCUGGAAUGUGUUCCUAGAGUACCUCACUGCUGGUGCCGCCGUGGCCCGUGCCUGCAGUGGCUACCUGGAUGCCAUCUUCAGCCGCAGCAUCAGCAGCUUCACCAAGGUCCAUGUGGGCAUCUGGCAGGUGCCCUUCCUGGCCCAGUACCCAGACUUCUUGGCUGCUGGCAUCAUAGUUUUGGCCUCCACAUUCAUCUCCUGUGGAGCCCGUGUCUCUUCCUGGCUCAAGCAGACCUUCUCUGGCAUCAACCUGGUGUUCAUCCUCUUCAUCAUCAUCCUGGGGUUUGUCCUGGCCCGCUCACACAACUGGAGUGCUGAGGAGGGCGGCUUUGCACCCUUCGGCUUCACUGGCAUCAGGGCUGGCACUGCCACCUGCUUCUGCGCCUUCGUGGGUUUUGAUGUCAUUGUUGCCUCCAGUGAGGAGGCCCAGAACCCGAAGCAAGCAGUGCCUAUGGCCAUUGCCAUCUCGCUUGGCCUGGCGGCUGGUGCCUAAAUCCUCGUCUCCACUGUGCUCACCCUCAUGGUACCUUGGCAAAGCCUGGACCCUGACUGGGUGCUCGCUGAUGCCUUCUACCAGCAGGGCUAUAGCUGGGCGGGCUUCAUCGUGGCAGCUUGUGCUAUCUGUGCCAUCAAUACUGUCCUGCUCAGCAGCCUCUUUUACCUGCAACAAAUCAUCUCUGCCAUGGCUGCCGAUGGACUCUUCUUCCAGGUGUUUGCCCACCUGUACUGCCGAACGAAGGCGCCCGUGGUGAGCAUCCUGGUGUUCGGGAUACUCAUGCUUUUCCUGGUGCUGCUGCUAGACCUGGAGGCACUGGUUCACUUCCACUCCAUUGGUGUACUUUUUGCCCAUUCCUUCAUGGCCAUCAGCGUUAUCGUGCUACGUUUCCAAAAGCCCUCAACAUCCAGCUCCCAGGACCAAGAGCAGGCCUUAACCCCUGAGCCUGGACAGCUGCGAUCAGCCCUGAGACCCUACCUCAGCUUCCUGGGUGGGUGCAGACCCGGAGCCGCUGUGGCUUGGGCCCUCGGUGUCCUGGUGGCCUCGGCCAUCACUCUGGACUGUGUGCUGGCCUUUGGAGACUCGGCCCUGAACCUCCCAACCUGGGGCUACACCCUGCUGCUCCUUCUCAGCUCCAUCACGUUUCUGCUCAGUCUCCUCGUCCUAGGGGCCUACCAGCAAGAGAAACAGCAGGACACCUUUCAGGCAGAGAAGGGCUCUAUGGACUCCUGA